AUGCCAUGGUGUACAGUAGUUGUCAAAGGACGGUGCAAGGGCGGUGCAAGGGCGGUGCAAGGGCGGUGCAAGGGCGGUGCAAGGGCGGUGCAAGGGCGGUGCAAGGGCGGUGCAAGGGCGGUGCAAGGGCGGUGCAAGGGCGGUGCAAGGGCGGUGCAAGGGCGGUGCAAGGGCGGUGCAAGGGCGGUGCAAGGGCGGUGCAAGGGCGGUGCAAGGGCGGUGCAAGGGCGGUGCAAGGGCGGUGCAAGGGCGGUGCAAGGGCGGUGCAAGGGCGGUGCAAGGGCGGUGCAAGGGCGGUGCAAGGGCGGUGCAAGGGCGGUGCAAGGGCGGUGCAAGGGCGGUGCAAGGGCGGUGCAAGGGCGGUGCAAGGGCGGUGCAAGGGCGGUGCAAGGGCGGUGCAAGGGCGGUGCAAGGGCGGUGCAAGGGCGGUGCAAGGGCGGUGCAAGGGCGGUGCAAGGGCGGUGCAAGGGCGGUGCAAGGGCGGUGCAAGGGCGGUGCAAGGGCGGUGCAAGGGCGGUGCAAGGGCGGUGCAAGGGCGGUGCAAGGGCGGUGCAAGGGCGGUGCAAGGGCGGUGCAAGGACGGUGCAAGGACGGUGCAAGGACGGUGCAAGGACGGUGCAAGGACGGUGCAAGGACGGUGCAAGGACGGUGCAAGGACGGUGCAAGGACGGUGCAAGGACGGUGCAAGGACGGUGCAAGGACGGUGCAAGGACGGUGCGACUUCAAUAA